AUGUUGAGGCUUUUCACACUUCGCCUUCGAAGACAGGCUUUAUCUGAUGCUCGGCGCUUUCGGUCCAUAAAACUGUCACCGCUCGCCGAUGCUUUUAAUUAUGGCCCCCAAAAUAUUGAAGUUUCCGGGGAAAAAGUUACUGGGCUUUUUGGGGAUGAUAACCUAAAAGAACCAUUUGGAUUCAGGGAAGGCCUGGACUCGUGUUACAGUGAUUGUCACACUCUUCUUCACGAGGCAAAGGACGGUCGGAGACAAAGGAAAAUGGUUCAGGUCUUGGAUGAUCUUUCGGAUACGCUCUGUCGGUCAGCUGAUCUAGCAGAUUGUGUACGCACUCUGCAUCCAGAUGUGGCUUUCAGAAAUGCAGCUAAUGAGGUCUGUUUUCGCGUGGGUAACCUGGUCGAGAGCUUAAAUACAGACACUGAUCUCUAUCAAGCGGCUGCCCAAGCUGCUCGAAGUGACCCACGUACCGAGUUGCCCGAAGCACGUGCAAAUGAGGUCGAUAAGCGUGUGUUGGGCCUUUUUGUGGAAGAUUUUGAACAGUCGGGAGUUCAUCUAGAUGAAGGAUCGAAUCGGAAAGCUUUUCUCCAAGCAGUGUCUGUGAAUAUGGAAAAGAGCAUGCAGUUUGGUCAGGCUGCCAACUCCCAGUUUGUCCUCACCAAUCAAAUACUGAGGUCAAUUUCGCCGGAAGUUAACUGGGGCAAACUCAAUGAGCUCGAGCUGUUUGGACCGAUAUACUAUACGCCGCAGAAUUUUCUCCGCGCUCUGACCUUCACCUUGUUUUAUGGACCUAUCCCCGGGCAGGAAGCAUGUCUCAGAGAAAUGCUGCAUUCUCGAAAUACUAUGGCGGUCUCUGCCGGAAUGGACUCUUACCUUCGCCGUGCAAUUCAGCCCUCAAGUCUGGCCGAAUCCCCCGAGCGUGCCAAGGCAUUUCUCGAAAAACUUGCUAGCCUACUCUCCCCACUCGCGAAGGAUAUCGCUCUAAGCUAUCUCCUGCCGAUCCUUCCCUUCUGCUCACCAGAAGCUCCCAUCCCUUGGUCCGCCGGUCCCAGUCAGGGCAAACGACUACACGCCUGGGAUAUUCCUUACCUCAUAUCAUGCGGACGGCAGAAAAAAGAGACACAGAAAUUGCUGCCUUUCUUCUCCCUGGGUGCUUGUAUGGAGGGCGUAAAUCAACUCGCCGACAGUCUCUUCGGUCUGCGUCUUCAGGUUGAACCUGCAUUGCCGGGUGAGAUUUGGCAUCGCGACGUAAUCAAGGUGGCUGUAUACACUACCGAAGCUCAGGUGCCUACUGAUGAAGACGACGCCGGUGGUGUACAUCCCUGGGAGCGGGCUUAUCCUAUAGGACCGGGUGUUCAGAUUGGCACAGUGUAUUGCGACUUCUUCGACCGUCCCAAUAAACCUGCCCAAGACUGUCACUAUACCGUCCGCGGUGGGCGACACACAGAGGAUACCAUGUUUGAGGCGCACUCACCCUACCAGUUUCCAAUAGUGGUAUUGCACUUGAAUCUGGGUCCGAGUCCCUCUGGACGAGAGGAUGCCACACCUCUGCUGCUGCAUCCCAGUCAGAUUGAGAACCUCUUUCACGAAUGGGGUCAUGCUCUGCACUCAAUGGUUGCUCGAACACGUUACCAACACGUUACUGGUACCCGGCUCAAGAGUUCUCCGAUUCAUUUCGGCUCCUCACGCCUCGAGGAUGUCCACAUGAGGUUCUCCUUAUAA